GGUACACGCUCUUGGUCUACACCUGACUACGAACACAAUUAAAAUGGCUGCAAACACUUUUACCCUGUCAGUGUUAGCUGUUCUGAUCAUUUCAGUUGGAGUCAGCGCCAAACGGGGAUGCUCCUCGUUUGGUCAUUCCUGUUUCGGAGGUCACGGAAAGAGAUCUGAUUCUGGAAUGGAUAAUGAGCUGACCCGUCAACAGGCUGGUCAGGAGGAGAUUCCCCCACACCCAGGCUACCCGCACUCUUAUAUACUGCCCGAUGACGUCAUACCCAUCAGAGAUGGAGGUGUUUUUGACCGCGACGAGAACAAUGCUAGGGAUGUGGUCAAGAUGAAGCUGCAUAAUUUACUGAAGUACUGGAUGGACAAUUACCGAAGGUCAAGAUUGAACGACGAGGAUGGAUACGUGAUCGGUUCUUUGUAAAUUAAAUCGAUGUAACACAUAAAUGAAAUAAACUUGAGAUAUAUAACUUUAUAAAUCGUACUUUCAAUAUAAACCAUGUAUUCCUACACUCAAGCUUAUUUUAUUUAGACAUUGUUAUAGAUUCCAAUCUGAUUAUGUGUAGUCAAUUCCAUUAACGGCUGGUUAGAUGUGUGUUGUUUCUAAUGUUUUAUUGAUCCCAUUACUAACAAUGUUAAAAUUUUUACCUAUAAAUAAUUUGUCUGUACUUUUGUAUGCACGGCUCCUCCCGCCGUAAGUUUACCAUCGAAUAGUCGGUAGUUUAUUCUAUAAAGAUUGUAAUGAAAUAAAUUAUUA